UGUGUGUGCGUGUGUGUGUGCGUGUGUGCGUGUGUAGGCUCGCCGCUUCACAAUGCGUACGGACACCUCUUCAUUCCCGCUGCUGCAGAGACUCAGUGCGUCUACAGACAAACAGCUUCCUCCGAUUAGCGCGCGUUAUUUUUUAUGUUUCUUUCCGCUUAACGCGUUUCAUUUGACUUUCCUUGUGGCCAGAGAGUUUCUUGGAUGCAGUUGUGGGAUUUAAUCAUGUCCAUUGCUUGAAGAACCUGCCUAAUAGGGUUUCGCUGCUAUCAUGGAUACUAUUGGAGUUUCAUUUCUAGACCCGUUGGAGGACUAUGAGAUCCUUCAGAGGAUCGGAAGUGGCACGUACGGUGAUGUGUUUAAGGCAAGGAACAUCAAGACCUCAAAAAUGGCUGCUAUUAAAAUUGUUAAGCUGGAUCCGGGAGAUGACAUCACAUCUAUUCAGCAGGAGAUCACCACAAUGAAGGAGUGCAAGCAUAAGAAUAUUGUAGCCUAUUAUGGCAGCUACCACAGAAACACAAAGCUGUGGAUCUGUAUGGAGUACUGUGGAGGAGGGUCAUUGCAAGACAUCUACCAUGUAACUGGACCCCUAAAGGAGAAGCAGAUUGCGUAUAUCUGUAGAGAAACUUUGCAGGGUUUAAAUCAUCUCCAUGAAACUGGCAAAAUUCAUCGUGAUAUUAAGGGCGCCAACAUACUUCUUACUUUACGAGGAGAUGUCAAACUGGCUGAUUUUGGGGUUGCUGCAGAGAUCAGUGCCACUGCUGCCAAGAGGAAAUCUUUUAUUGGAACUCCCUACUGGAUGGCCCCUGAGGUUGCAGCUGUGGAGAAGAAAGGUGGCUAUAACCACUUGUGUGACAUUUGGGCGGUAGGCAUCACUUCCAUUGAGCUGGCAGAGCUGCAGCCACCCAUGUUUGAUCUUCAUCCCAUGAAAGCACUGAUGUUGAUGUCGAAGAGCAGCUUUCAGCCCCCUAAACUGAAAGAUAAAGCAAAAUGGUCUGCAGGAUUUCAUAGCUUUGUGAAGAUGUGUUUGACGAAGAAUCCUCGUAAGAGACCCACAGCAGAAACUCUUUUACAGCAUUCCUUUGUUACACAGCUACUGACCAGAAACCUAGUCAUUGAGCUGCUGGACAUGGCCAACAACCCAGAUCUCCACCAUGCACCCAGCAUUGAGGACAGUGAUCAUGACGCUAAUGAUGAUACCCCAGAUAAGAUCCAGUCAAAGGGAAAGUGUUUACCAGUAGAGAGAAGUCUUUCUGAGGAACAGUUUGAUCAGGUCAAAUUUGCACCUCUGAGGAGGAAAGAGACAGAUCCAUAUCCAGAUCUGGAUUCUUGUGAUGACUGGAGCAUUUCUGGUGAUGAAACCGAGUCUCCGAGUCUCUUGGAAUGUGUGGAAGAGGAACUGCAGCAGAGGAGCCUGACAAUAAAACAACAGCUGUCCAUUGGGUGGGGGAAGAGGAAAAGUGGAUUAUUCAGUCCUCCACCAGUAUCAGCCACUGCAUCACUUCCUCCCAUGAGCAAUUGCAGUACAGCUCAUCAGGACACAGAUCUAACCCUGAGGCCCAGUGCUUCCCUAAAGUCUGAUACAACACUUCGGCCCAAAUCAGCUCUCAUAAGAUGCUCGGCCAGUCAUGAUGUGCGGCAGUGGUGCAGUGACCCUUGUGUUCCUGAGGAGGAUGAUAAUCAAGAUGAGCAGCAAAGCCUUUCUGCCAGCAAGGACACAGCUCUCUCUCCUGAGUGGAGUACAAUGAGAAAGAAAGCGGAAGAUUCGAGAGCUGAUUCUCAUGGACUCCCUCCUACCCCCCAAGUCCAUAUGGGGGCCUGUUUCUCGAAAGUGUUCAAUGGCUGCCCAUUAAGAAUCCACUGUGCUGUGACAUGGGUUUUUCCAAAAACUAGAGAUCAGUACCUUAUACUGGGGGCAGAGGAGGGGGUCUACACACUCAACUUAAAUGAGCUUCAUGAGGACACUUUGGAAAAGUUACUGCCACAGAGAUGUACAUGGCUGUAUGUCAUGAACAAUGUCCUCAUGUCUGUCUGUGGAAAGUCAUGUCAGCUUUACUCUCAUAGUCUGACUGCUCUGUUUGAGCAACGUGGACAUGUUCAGAGGAAACCGAGUCACUUAUCCCUCAGCACCAACCGCUUUACUGAUAGAAUCAUCCACAGGAAGUUUGCAGUGUCACUGAAAAUCCCAGACACUAAAGGCUGUAGAAAGUGCAGUGUUGCUCGUAACCCGUAUACUGACAGCACGUUUCUUUGUGCGGCUGUGCCCUCUGGACUUGUUCUGCUCCUGUGGUAUGAGCCCCUGCAGAAAUUCAUGCAUCUAAAGCACAUAGCUGUAAGUCUGCCUGACCCUCUGGUCAUUUUUGAGCUACUUGUUUUGGUCACGGAUGAGCUUCCUCAGCUCUGUGUAGGUGUGAGGGAAUGCCAGCCAAGAAGUGAUGACCCUCAGACAAAGCAGCAACUAAAGUUUGACAUAAUUGAACUGAAUGGCACACCAAAUUCUAAUACAGAUAGUGAAUGUGUAAGAGCAGGGCAGGUAACACAGCUGGACAGAGAUACAGUCCUGAUUGCAUUAGAAAAAACAGUGAAGAUUGUCAAUCUGCAGGGUGUCCCAAGCAUGGACUUAGCCUCAGAAAUGGAGUUUGGUUUCCCUAUUGAGACUUUAGUUUGUCUACAAGAUAGUGUUUUAGCCUUCUGGAAACAUGGACUUAAAGGACGCAGCCUGUACAACUGUGAGAUAACACAAGAAAUCACAGAUGAAACUCGAGUAUUUCGGGUUUUAGGCACAAACAGAGACAUUGUUUUACAAAGCACCCCAACUGACAACCCUUCAUCACCCAGCAAUUUAUAUAUUUUAACUGGUCAUGAAAACAGCUACUGAAAGGAGACAAACAGCGGGGAGAGACCAAGGAAAGUGGAGAUGAUAGAGAGACAUACCAAAAUGAUUCUGGAGUAAUAACAAGUCCAUCAAGUAAAGCCUUAUUGUCACCUGUCUGAAGUGUAAACCUACAUGCUCUGUAACAGAUGGACACUACACAUGAACUCAGCACUCAGAAAACAUCUCAGCACUGACAAAUGCUCAUUUUAUGAAUGCACUGAAAUCCCCAAAUAGAGCUAUGGAGGACUUCCUUAUAACCAUUCAUUCUGCCCUUUGUGUCCUUGCACCUUACCUUAUUAUGAAAUGGUUCAUUUUGAGAUGGUACACUAUAAUGACAUCUAUGUAAGCACUAUCAAUGAAGUCAGUCUGACUGAAAUAUAAACAGACUGAUUCAUAAAUGAUUAAUAUGACAACAUUUAGUGUGAUGGUUAAUGUCUGUGCAGUUCUUAAUGGAAAAAUCCACCCUAAAAGACCUGCAUAUUAAUAUUUAUUGAGUUAAGUGUUGGUUAACUGUUUAUUAACUGUUCCUACAUUACCAACAAUGCUGUUCCAAUACCUGCUGAUAGCGGUGCCAGUGGGAUCUAUCUCUCGCUUCAUCCCUAUUUAAAGAAACUGAUGCAGCUUAGUCCUUUGGUCUGUUAGUCUUUAAGCUCUCUCACCUACUCAUCUGUACACUCAUCUCAAACAGAUAAGGUUCCAAAGCUUCAACUUUAAUGCUAAUAUUGCCAUCAAUGUUAUAAUCUUGUAGAUUUCCAACUAGCCAAGCCAAGUUAUCACUUAUGCUUGCGAUCAUUAAAAGUGUUCUGCUAUUAAGUAGCAAUGUCCCCACUUGCUGGAGGCACAGCUGCUAUCUUCUCAUGGGGAUAAUGAAAAUACAGCACCAACCAACAAUUUAACAUGAUAAUCACUAGGCAUAUCAUAAAUAUGUCAAUAUAAAUAUAAUUUAUGUGGUUAAGGUUGGGUGGCUUCCUUUAAAAGACCAUCUGCUUAAAAAUGAAAUGUGACUAGCAGUGAAGGGAAACUAGUAGCGGGAUGCUGAUUCACAGAUAUUGAUUUUUAAAAAAAUAUUUUCAGUGAAACUGUACUUUUAAUCUGAUAAUAGGGAAAGUGAUUGACUGUGUUUAACUACUAUAAACUGGUACACAUGGGCAAAAAUGUUAAAAUAUGCCUUGUGCAUUUAUGCAUUUACCUCAUUUACAAAAAGUGUUUAAAUUGUAAAUAAAGAUCAGAGAUGUUAGAACACGUUGCAGCAGGGUGGACUGUAAUUGCUCAUCUUAUAUGAGGAUGUUUACACUAGUGUUAGAUUGUUUUGUCUUCGAUUCCAGGUGCUGAUGAGAAUUGAGGGACAAGCACACACAAAAUGUAAAAGAAGGAAGGUUUAUUGGAUCUUCACAGUUUUCAAGCAGAGAUCAGUGAUGUUUCUUCACAUGUGUUACCCCUGUAACUCUUCCUAGCAGAAUUGAACAGAAUUUCUGUCAACACAAAUGCUUCCUAACUUGUCUGACUUUGGACAGAAUUUCCUGGAACACCCACUCCUGGGAAGAUUAACAACUGUCUUGAAGGUUGUCCAUUUAUAAACAAUCCUCUCACUGUAGGAUGGUGAAUUUCAAAUUGUUGGGGAUGGCCUAAUAACCCUUCGCAGAUUGAUGAGCAUCAACAAUUCCUUCUCUGAGGGCUUGACCGAUGUUCUUUCUUCUCGGAAUGAUGUCAACACACACCUGAUUGCUCCAGAACACCCACUUGCCAAAAGUCCUGCUUUUGUAGAGAUAGUCACACUUCUUAGUGAUUAACUAAUCUUUGCAUUUUAUUAGUAACACCUGGCUGUUCUCAUAAUUAUUGUGGAAGUAGGAAGGGGGCACUUAUUUUUUUCCCACCUGUUCUAUGAAUGUUGGAUUACUUUUUGGGGGGAAAUGACUACAUUUUGAAGUGUAUUGUUGGUUUUUGUUUGUUGUUGCUGUCACCUGAGGUUAUUUGUUUGUUUAUAGAAGUUGGUGCUGACCAUACAAUUGUUAUUUAGGCCCUGAUGAAUAAAAACAUAGAUUUGAA